AUGAACUCCUCCCGAGUUUCUUACUUCACUCUGGCUGCUUAUCUGGACUCUGGACUGUUGAGAUACUUGUUCUUCAUGCUGGUCCUGUCGUUGUACUUGUUGAUCCUUUGUGCCAACGUGCUGCUGAUUGUCGUUAUCUGUAUGAACAGAAGUCUACAUGAACCUAUGUACGUGUUUCUGUGCAGCCUGUUUGUAAAUGAACUGUAUGGUAGCACAGGGUUGUUUCCUUUCCUCCUGCUUCAGAUUCUCUCAGACGUUCACACUGUUUCUCUUCCUCUUUGUUUCCUGCAGAUCUUCUGCGUUCACUCUUAUGGUCACGUAGAAUUUAUGACUUUAGCCAUUAUGUCUUAUGACCGAUACCUUGCUAUAUGUUGCCCUCUACAGUAUAACAGCAUUAUGACAGUGAACAAGGUCGCUGUUCUUACUGCAGUAAUCUGGUUAUUCUCUGUCUGUGGGAUCCUGGUCAUUGUGUCUCUAACGGCUCGUCUGAAACUCUGUGGGAACAUUAUCAACAAAGUUUACUGCGACAACUAUUCUCUGGUGAAGCUGGCCUGUUCCGACACAUCCGUCAAUAACAUCUUUGGACUCGUGUACAUGUUUUCUAUAGUAAUUGGUCUCGUUGUUUUAAUCCUCUACACGUACGUGAGGAUUUUAAAGGUUUGUUUCUCUGGUUCUAAGCAGACGAGACAAAAAGCCGUCAGCACCUGCACCCCCCACCUGGCCUCGCUGCUCAACUUCUCCUUCGGGGCUUUCUUUGAAAUAGUUCAGAGCAGGUUCAAUAUGAGCAGUUUAAACAUGAUGUUACGUGUGUUGUUAUCUUUAUAUUGGCUAACAUGUCAACCACUAUUCAAUCCUGUUCUGUACGGACUGCAAAUGUCCAAAAUACGCAUCAUGUGUAAAAAUAUGCUGUGGGGGAAAAAACUCUAA